AUGAACGAAUCCAGCUCUAUCCACAGGCGGAUCACGGGGCAGAAGGUGGCAUCGAGAGGUGUCAACUACCCCCUGCUCGGCCUCGCGUUGAUAGGGCUGGCCGUUGCCAAGCUCGCGACGGUGUACUGGGAGAUGGAGCAGCGGGUGCCUAAGACGUCCUUCGGGACGGAAGGGUGCACUCGUUAUCGGGACAUGAUGUCCCCCGAGGACAUAAUCCCGGUCUUCGAAGGCGUGUUCGUAGCCUCCAGCGACGAGCGCAGGCAGUUCGUGAUGCAGUCUAUCGGGGCUGAGGCUGCACCCUGGGGCGACCUGUUCGCCAUCUGGGACGUCGACACUCCUGGGCAGGACCCCAAAUCAGCGGUGCUGGAAAUCGAAGGGUUUCCAGAGGGGAAUGCGUUUCACCCCCACGGCAUGCACUACCGUGCCGAAACCGGGGAGCUGUUCGUGGUGAACCACGCCUACUCCCAGGGAGGGGAGCGGAUAGACGUGUUCAAGGUGUCGGAGACCUUCCCGCAGGACGCCCUGCCGCCUGUGCACCCUUCCCUGCUGGAGUUAACGCCGCCGCAGGAGGAGGACGAGGAGGGUAAGUCCGAUGUUGUUGACAUCGGCGUGGCGACCGCGGUGCUGGGUGACGAUGAGGACGACGAAGGUGUUCAAGCUGAAGGAGGCGACGGGUUGGGGGGAGAAGCGACGGUUGGCGAGCACGAGGGCGGGGGUGGGGCUUCGUUGUCGGGGGAUGACGGCGGCGACGGUGGAGUGUCAGACGACGUCUCCUCGGAGAACGAGGUCGAGAGUGAUAGGGCCGAUGCUGCCGUCGAGGAGGAGGAGGAGGAGGAGGAAGAGGAGGUUGUCGAGAGCCCGAAGGAGAUGGCCAAGCGGCUCAAGAGGGAGGCGAAGGAGGCGGCGGGCAGAGCCAAGGCGGAGGAGAAGCAACGCCUCGCAGACGAGAGAGCGGCCGCCAAGGCAGUCGCUGCGGCGAAGGCGGCGAGGGCGAAGGGCCUAGCCAAAGGGCAGACCCCGAUCACGCUGACCUAUUCCUUCUCGGUGGAGCACGAGCUGAUCACGACCAACUACGGGGUGCUGAACGACCUCGUACUCGUGGACGAUGACGAGCUGUACGUGACGCAGUUCAUGGCGAUGCGGCACCCGCUGCACGGCCCCACACAGCCGGACGGGGUCCUGGAGCACCUCAGACUCUACGGCUCCAUGCUGCUCCUGAUGCUGCAGAUCAGCCCGGCACCCAUCAUCCGUUGCACCGGGAUCCGUGGGGCCGACAUCGACUGCGAGCGCCUGGCUAAGGGGAGGGGGGCGAUGUACAACGGCAUCGCGUUAAACCCGAACGGAGAACGUCUUCUAGUGUCAGACACGGCGGCGAUGCAGAUGCUCAUUUUCAACCGCUCCGUGGAGACGGGAGCGCUCAGACUACGACAGCGGCUAGACCUCCCUGGGUCUCCGGAUAACCUCGAGAUCGAUCUAUACCGAGCGGCCGAGGGAGUCGAGGCGUACACGGUGGGGCUGAUCCGUGCCACCGACUUCGCCAAGUAUUCGGCGGCGAUGGGUGGGGCUACGGACCCCACUGAUGGGGACGACAUAAAGAUGGCGGGAGGGUUUGCUUCCAUCGUAUUCGACCAGGAAUCUGGCAAGUACGAGAGCAGUUUGGAGAUGUGGCACGACGGGAGCCUGCUCUCGAUUUCCUCUGCGGCCUCGACCGCCUCGGGGGCCCGCGUGAUGGGCUCUGCCGUUGAGGAGGGGUACCUGUUGUGCCGCCCACCCCCUUGCCCGUUGGGCAGCCAGGAGGCAGCGACGGAUGGGACGACAUGUCCGUGGGGACCACCCCCCCCGCCGGCGGUAGAAGAAGAAGAGGAGGCCGAAGACCCAGAGUAGUCUAUUAAAGUGUGUUUUUUUCACCUCCUCCCUUUCUCUGUCAAGCGGGUGUGUCGUUUACAGUGGUUCAUGGUCCUGGCAGCGGAUGUAUUUGCUGGGCAGCGAGCUGGUUUUUGUCUUGGACCAAUGGCGAUGGCCCUCGUGAAGCAUGCAAGAGGUUGGCGGUGACGUUCCUCUGGCCAGCCCCCCCCCCCUCCCCCAAGACGUUUUACGUUGAAAAACGCCUUCGUUGUAUUGUAACUCCAGGGGAGGACGGCAAAUACACCCAACAUGGAGCAUUGUAGAUUUGGUCCGAAAGUUUUUGGCCUAUUGAUGAUGUACUGCUUGGCCUGCAAGUUUGAAGGGCCUGCGGUGCAGAGAUUGCGGCCCUUGUAGCUUCGUAGCUGUCGUGUAGCGUUCGUUUCUUGGAGGAAAGCCGAACGCUUUUUGUUUGGGGGGAUGGAACAGAUCAUAGUUUAAUGUGCUUGUUGGCAUGCCAUCUCUUGGCUAUGGUUGAAAGAAAUGAGAAAGCCGAACGCGUUGUUUUGGGAGGGAGAGGGGGAGCAGAUAAUGAUAUAUUGUGCUUGUCGUCAUGCCAUCUCUUGGCUGUGGUUGAAAGAAAUAAGAAAGCCGAACGCGUUUGUUUUUGUGGGGGGAGGGGGAGCAGAUAAUGGUAUUAUGUGCUCGUUGUCAUACCAUUUCUUGGCUGUGAUUGAUUGAAGUGAAUCUCGGUGUGAGUGUUCCAGACGCACGCACGAUCCAUUAACGGCAGUGCCUAGAGUCAGCACUGGUUGGUUUUGUGUAACGUUUUUUCCCUCCUGAUUUUGCGUGGGCAUGAGAGUGCUGGAGGCAAUGAACCGAACCGAGAGGGAGCUUGCGGUUCAACCUGAGUCAAAGAAAGAUGCGGUUGGUUUUAUGUGUAGGUGUAUGAUGUAGAUAGCUAAGGUGCGCUGCUUUGCUGCGCUUUUUUAGUUCGUAUCUUGCCAGAGGCCGAGAGAAACGGCGGUGACUCUCGACUGCAAGGAGACUUCAAAAAUGCUGAUUGGUGGUGUGAUGGAUAGCCCCGAGUAAAGAGCUGUACAACCGAAGAACUCCUAACACAUGUAGAGAGACGCACGAUUGAUUGAUGUGCCAUGCUGGAUGAACCACGAUCGAUAUCCCAUUAAUAUAUUUUCGGGGUCAAUUCGCUGUCGCCCCUGGUGUCACGGCGAAGAGGAAAGGCACUGCUGUCUUUUCAUUGAAAAAAAAUGCGUUGACUUGCUG